CGAUGGAGGACGAGGGUGAUUUAAUAUUGUCUUCUGUAGAAAAGUCUGAUGCAGGAGAUUAUACCUGUGUUGCUGUAAAUAAAGCUGGAGAGCGAGAAAGUAAAACUGCAAAACUCACUGUAUAUGAAAAACCCCGCAUAACCAUCCAACCCCAAGACAAAAUUGUAGAAAAAAGUAAGAAUGUUGAAUUAGAAUGCCGGGCACGAGGAGACCCUAAACCAGUCAUUACAUGGCGGAGAGAAAAAGGGCAGCUUCCACCAGAUCGAUUUCAUCUGCUGGAUAAUGGUAAUUUGCUGAUUGAAGAAGCAGAAGUUAGUGAUGAUGGCUUGUACAUAUGCCAGGUGGAAAAUUCAGUUGGUGUAUCAGAAGCUGUUGCAAAACUCACUGUGCAUGCUGUUCCAGAGUUUGUAAUUUCCCCAACGAGCAAAAUGAUUGGCCUUGGACGGACCCUGUCUCUGCAGUGUGGAGCCAAUGGCAGCCCUAUUCCUGCAAUUUACUGGCGGAAGGGAAUAGAACAGGAUCUUAUGUUUCCAAAUCGAGAUUUAGGCCGAUUUUCAGUGGAUGUAAAUGGAACAUUACAUAUUCGACAAGUGCGUUUUGAAGAUGCUGGCGAGUAUACAUGUCAUGCAUAUAAUGCAGCUGGCAGCAAAGAUAAGAAAGUUCACAUUACAGUUCGAGAACUUGAUCCUGAAAUCCCCGAUGAUGAUAUGCGUCCACCUCCUAUUAUUAACAUGGGCCCGCAAAAUCAGACAUUGCAGGCAAAGACGGAUGCUGUAUUGCCUUGUCAGGCACACGGCGAUCCGAUGCCUACAAUACAAUGGCUCCGUAAUGGUCGUCCUUUGCAGAUGAACAAUCCAAGACUCAUGUUACUUGGAACUGGAUCUCUAAAAAUAUCAGAUCUCCAUUUUUCUGACACUGCUACAUAUACUUGCCGUGCUGUUAGUGAAACUGGUGAAACUAUAUGGAGUGCAUCAUUAGUUGUACCAAGUCCUGAAGCAACUAAUGUGCAAUACCAUCGAGCACCACAACAAAACCAGUUACCUGGAGCUCCAUCCCAACCUGAAAUCAGCAGUGUUACAGAUACAACUGUCCAUCUUUCUUGGCGUCCUAGUAUACAUAAAGGUGGUUCACCUCUAUAUGAAUUCAUUGUAGAAUAUUUCAGUCCACAGAGUGGAAAUGGUUGGGUAACAGCAGCUGAUGACAUAUCGCUAGAAAGUUACACAGUACGGAAGCUGAAACCCAACAGAAAUUAUAUAUUCCUGGUGAGAGCUCGGAAUGCCCAUGGAAUUAGUCCUCCAAGUCCUUUAUCUAGAAUGGUUGAAACUCAAGGUCGCAGAGGUAGUGCAAUUUUCACACAGGAAGAAAUUGAGCAACGUUUACGAGGAAUUGUUGUUAACCUUCUUCAAGGUGAAGCAUCUGGACCAUCUGCCAUCAAAGUCAGUUGGCAGGUUAUGAAAGGUCACAGUGCUAUAGAUGGUUUCAAAAUUAAAUACCGGCGCUCAAAGCACAAUAGCGAGAUCCAUACAAUUACAGUACAAGACCCAACGGCUACUUCAUAUCUUAUCGAAAACCUUUACAGUCAAACAUGGUAUGAGAUAUGCAUUCGUGCAUAUGGAGGCAAAGUAUUUUCUCAGUGCAGUAAUCCCAUUAAGGUUCACACCAACGAAGGAGCACCUGCUGCAGCUCCAGAAAAUAUUGUUAUUCAUUGGCUAUCAGACAGUAGCAUGUCAGUGCGAUGGUCACCGCCACCACGUCCUUACCGAUAUGGUGACAUCAAUGGAUAUGUUAUCCGCUGCUAUGGAGAAGAUAGAAAAGAUAAUUGUAGUCUUGCCACAAACUCAUCCGUACGCCGAGUUAUUAUUGAACGUUUAAAUCCCUCAACCACCUACAUGUUGCAGAUAGCAGCUGUAACAAACAAAGGCACAGGAACAUGGAGUCAAAAGUUCUACAUGGUUCCUGAAAAACCAUCAAUAAUGAGACAGCCUUGGUUUAUUGGCAUGUUAAUUGGGACAAUUGGUGGAACUGUGUGGAUUGCUUUGUGUAUUGUUAGCAUUUGGUUGUGUCGCAAGAAGCACACCCAGAAGAAAUUAAUGGAACAAAGUGGAAUGUAUAGCACGCCUCUUCAAAAACAGGAAGAACAAGCUCGAUAUGCUGUUGUACCUGCUGGCUAUAUGAAAUGGACUUAUCAAUACAGGAAUGCAAAUGUUUUAUCAGCAGAACUUUCACAAAAGGAACCUCAGAUGGUUGGCAACAUGGCUGAAUAUCAUGAAAAUACGUUAAGACUAUGUCAUGAUCCAAUAUACCAAAAGACUUUGGGUGGUGUUCAGCCUGACCUUACUAACAUCAUGGAUCAAAACGAAAUGAAAGAUCAAAACCUGUAUAACAGAAUCAGUAUGAAUGUUCCUCAAAUGAAGACUUUCUACCAAAAGCCAAACCCAGUAUCUGCUGUUGCGCCCUACGCAACCACCACCUUGAUCAAUACUUCUAACCUUCUGGCUAA